CUGCUUCCAUCAUGGAUGCUAAGAUGCACGUAAUCGGAUGUGGAGAAAUAAUUAAACAGCGUAGGCUAUUGUUGAGACGCUGCUUGACGUGAUGAGGUCCACGGAGAAAUCUCUAAGUACGUCUUGACCACAUCCUGCAAAAGGCAACUCGUGGGUGUUGCUCGAGUACUUAGGUGUCGUCGUUACAGGCAAGAGUCAUUGCUAGAGCCGCCAGAAUGUUCUCGCUGUUAGUCACACUCGUUCUUCUCUCGCUUACUUCGCCGUCGUCGGUUCUAUCCCGUGAGACUCAACGGGAGUCACCCAACAAUGUCAAACCUGAAUCGAGAAGGAGUCCCGUUGAACAACGAGAUGUAGCGUCGAGCGAAACGAGACCGGUCGAGGACGUCGUGCCCUUAGUUGUCGGCAGUUCGAUCAUCGUUCCAGACACUCACAAUGCGACGCUUGAACGACAACAAUACGAGGACGUAGUCUACAGCACUCUGUUCGCCCAGUUGGAGUCCGACAAGACGCUGAGCGACGAGGACCCAUCGACAUCCUAUCGACUGCAACUGGAUAGGGAGUGGUUCCCCAGAUACGCAAAUGUUACUUCUAACGUCGGUUGGCUAGAACAAAAAUUCUCGCUCUUUAACUGGUUCAAUGAAGGCACGGACUUGGAAACCGUUGAUUUCCAUUCAGACAGUGAACGCGGCGGAGUUACGAACUCCGAGCAAGCGGUUAUAAGGCAGUCCCUAGAUUUGCUUUUAUCAUCAUGCAGCAGUGAGUCUCUUCUCUCCAUGUCUAACGGUAUCAUCAGACUGGGAAAGUACGGAGUUUUUCAAGUUGGCAUUGUGACGAACAAGAGCGGCACGGUUCUUCUCAAAUUGUUCUCUUUCUACAUGGAGACGUUUCCAUCUGUUACGAGAACACACGGAAAAUUGCACGUCAUGGAGCUGAACGAAACCAGAUACAACCAAGUUCGACCAUUAGUGGCUGAGAAGCUGGGGACAAACUCGAAUGAGCUUAUUACGCCCAUCAAGAAGUGUGAUCACAAUCAUGGAAGUAGUGGUAGUGCUUGGGGUGGACUGUGCACAAGCAUGCUAUUUGCGUGCUUUUGUGUGCAUGCGGCGUUACGCUCUUUGUUCUGAUAGCCUGCGGUUUUGUCGUUUCGUGUGACUUCUUUAUAUUCCUAUAGCUUCGAUUAGCAAUCACCAUGCAACAAUUUCUUGAGUUUUUAACAUAGAUCACUAUAUCAAAUUUUAUGCUGUUGGGAAGGGAUGUAUAUAAAUAAAGUAGCAAUAAACGAGAGUUGAA